GAGUGAAGUGGACACUUGCUUGUACAUUAAACAAUUAAAAAGAGGGGACACGUGUGAGGCAGGAAGGCAGGUGGUAUGAAACCUUGCUUGUUUUCAAGAGUAACCCUAUCCCUCGGAGGAGCAUUCCUUCCUCGCAUCGGCGUACGUUGGCGCUCAAAUUCGGCAAAUCCAGAACUCUCAAGACGGACGGAAAAAAAAUGUUGUGGUGUAGAAAUUGAAGAAGAUCUUAUAGUGUAACUAACACGUGUAAAGGAUGGCGGCUACGACUAAAGAGAAGAUUACCCGUAAAAGACUGGACAAGCUCGACAUCAUCAAAAUCUGCGAAGAGAUUUUGAAUCCAUCGGUUCCAAUGGCUCUCAGACUCUCCAGUAUUCUCAUGGGUGGAGUCGUCAUCGUCUACGAACGCAAAGUGAAACUCCUCUACGAUGAUGUAAAUCGUCUCCUGGUGGAAUUAAACCAAGCUUGGAAAGUUCAAUUAGUAUCAGAUCCAACCGUAUUGCCUAAGGGCAAAGCUCAAGCCAAAUAUGAAUCCAUUACUCUACCAGCCAUUAGGGAGGAGGAUAUUGAAGAAAUGGAAACUCUUCAACAGUCUAAUGCGCCCACAACAAUGGGGUUUACACAAACUGCCUAUUUUUCAAUGAGGCUGGAUAACAUGGAUGAUUCCUACAUCAAUCCAAAUCCGGAGGAGGAUCUUCCGCAGGAUGACCAUCAAGCUAAUCCAGCUGAUAUCACUUUAUUUGAUAGCCAUGAUCCAUCUCUGGCGGACACAAUCAUGUAUAACCGCUUUGAAAGGUUUGAUAUUGACGGAGAUGAGGACACACAAUUGAACUUUGCAGCUUCAGAACAUGCUACUAUUCCUAGUACUCUUGUACCUUCUCCACCUCCUCAAGACAAACCCUAUCCAUCUGAUGAAGUACAGGAUCACAAUCCUGAGGCCCAAGUAAAUCAGCAGGUUGCUAAAGACAAGAAAGUUCUUCAGCAGGAUCAGUUAAGGCAAGGUCCAACUCGAAAGAGAGCAAGGCAGCCUGCUGCCAUGGCAAUGGACUGUGAGCAAACCAUUAUCCCUGGUCACGUAUAUCAAUCUUGGCUUCAGAACACCUCCGACAUUACCUCAAGAAGAAGAAAGAAUAGUCAGCGAUCAGGUGCCAUGUCCAAAAGGAAGAUAGCAAAUAUCACGGAACUUCCUCUUACCGUUCUACAUGAUGGAUUAUUCACUUAUGGGAACAGAGAAGUGCAUUUUCCUGCUCCUCUUCUUGAACUAUGGAAAAAAUGUACCCAGCCAGCUCAUGAUUCAGCUUCUGGUGGGACUUGGACACAUCAACCCCCUGAUCCAUCAUCGUCAUCUCAACCAGAACGAAUACAUAAACGGGAUCCACUUGGUUAUCCCAUUGAAGAUUUUCAUAGUGGUGUUGGCUCUCAAACUGAGGAAAUUUCCAUCGAGAAGCAGAGGACAAAUCAUGACAUAAGCAUGCAACCUGAAAUUCUUAUGGAGGAGAUAGGAACAAAUACUGCAAAUACCAAAGUGCCAUUUUCUGGGGCUUACAUAGGGGGCCUCAGUCAGAGCAACCUGAUGGCAACACCGGGAGAUUCCAGUGAUGAAGUAAGAUCGAUCCCGAGCUCUGGGUCUGGUCAUGGUUUCCUGUCAAAUGAUUCAGAAGUCAAUUUGGCAAGGUCCAACAUGAAAAGACCACACUCUUCACCUAGGCACAGAGUUUAUGGCCUUGAACCGGUGGCAGAGGAGAACUCGCCGCAUCCAAACUUCAAGUUGUCUAGACUAUCUGAAAAUGGUCUUAUACCAGAUAAUGAACUUAUGGUGGAAACUGGACCAACGCAAACCCAGAAACAUCCAAUUGCUAGUCAAACUAAUGAUCAGAUCACUCGUUCGAUUCAAAUGCAAGACUUUGCAAUCAUAUUUUUGAAUAAUCUUCUUCUCUUUACUCGUGACUUUGAGUAUAUAGUUUGUGUAAUUCAUUCUCUUUUGGAACACGGCGUCUACAGGCAGCUGAAGGCUCAUUUUGAAACACCAGGAUCUUCUGAAGCAGAAUCUUUGAACCAGCUGGCUAGAGGAAUGGAUAAGAAAAGGGCAGCAGCUCUUUUCUUACGGACUUGUGUUCUAGCUACCCAAGACGUCAUCAGAGUUCAGCAGAAGAAGCCAUAUGGGGAUAUACUCAUCUCAAGAGGCCCAAAGAUGUGAGGAAGUAAAAGAAAGCCAUUUGCUGGUUUAUUAUACUUUUGCUAUUAGCAAGUUCUAAUUAUUUGACGUGUGUUCGGUCAAGAGCUGCACACUCUUUUUCUUUUUCGGUUCAAGUUAUGUCUUUUAUGAUUGGAGAGGAAUAGUAAUUAUUGAUGAUGUACCUUUUUACGAGGUGCGUACGUUUAGCCGUCUUUCACUUCCAAUGCCAAUUUCUCUCACUUUGU